AUGUCCUUCGGCUUCAGCAUCGGUGACAUAAUCCUGCUCGGGCAACUGUCCUACAAGCUCUACGACACUGUGACCACCGGCCGACGGAAUGCCAGUCGUGAGCUGCAGGAGCUGGGAGACGUGCUGUUCGGGUUGAAUUGUGCCCUGGAUCAUCUGCGCCAUGUGGCCGGGGACAUUUCAAAGGCCGCUUCGACGUCUCUAUCCAACGACAGCCAUGGACGGGAAAUGCAACAGGCCCUGGAUCAAAUGGUGCAGAAUUGCGCCGUCACCUUGAAUGACUUGGACAGUGUGACCAAGAAGUACCGCGAUGGGGCCAUGGUGUCGGAGAACAACGAGAACAACGAGGGUGUCGAGUCCGGCGCUGGUUCUGGCUCUAGGAGAGGCCAGAAAAGAAGGCAGGUCCUCAAAAACGCCAUCGCGUCAAAUUGGGCAAAGAUCAGAUGGGAUAUCGACAAGGACUCGUUGAAGGCAUAUCGCGACAAACUACAAGCGCACAUCAAUGCUAUCAAUCUGGUCCUGAGUACCUUUCACUGGUAA